GCUGUGGCAGUUUGCCGAGAGGCUGCAAAUAAAGCAGAUGUGUUUGUUGUGCAUUUCUGUGCUGUCUAGACAUUCCUUUUUCUUAACAAAGCAGAUAUACACAGCAUAACUUGUGGAGCUUUUGUUUAGUUUGGCAUUUUUUAAUUAACUCUCUGGGGAGGUGUGUACAUAAACAGAGAUGAAAUGGAGAAGUCAAGGAAACUGGGAUCAGUGAAAGAUGGGGACCAGUAUUAUCACCAGGGUGCUGUGGAGCUGCUGGUGUUUAACUUUUUGCUCAUCCUUACCAUACUAACCAUUUGGCUGUUUAAAAACCACCGAUUCCGCUUUCUGCACGAAACGGGAGGCGCCAUGGUCUAUGGCCUUAUUAUGGGAUUAAUUUUGCGAUAUGCAACAGCACCAUCUGAUCUUGAAAAUGGAAUUGUCUAUGACUGUGAAAAGAUCAGUGUUAGCCCACCAACUCUGCUUGUUAACAUCACAAAUCAAGUCUAUGAGUAUCAAUAUAAAAGAGAAAUCAGCCAGCACAACAUCAAUGCACACCAAGGCAAUGUGAUGCUACAAAAGAUGAUCUUUGAUCCUUCAAUCUUCUUCAAUGUUUUAUUACCUCCCAUUAUAUUUCAUGCUGGAUACAGUUUAAAGAAAAGACAUUUCUUCCGCAACUUGGGAUCAGUACUAACAUACGCCUUCUUGGGAACUGCAAUUUCUUGUAUAGUGAUAGGGUUGAUAAUGUAUGGGUUUGUAAAAACCAUGGUCCAUCUCAGGCAGCUGAAGAGUGGUGACUUUCACUUCACUGACUGUUUGUUCUUUGGUUCUUUGAUGUCUGCUACAGAUCCAGUGACAGUCCUGGCUAUUUUCCAUGAACUCCAUGUUGACACAGAUCUCUAUGCACUCCUUUUUGGCGAGAGUGUCCUAAAUGAUGCUGUGGCUAUAGUUCUCACAUACUCAAUAUCAAUUUACAGCCCCAAGGAGAACCCCAACGCUUUUGAUGCUGCUGCCUUCUUCCAGUCCGUGGGGAAUUUUCUUGGGAUCUUUGCUGGAUCAUUCGCUAUGGGGUCUGCCUAUGCCAUUGUCACUGCUUUAUUGACAAAGUUUACUAAGCUGUGCGAAUUUCCUUUGUUGGAAACAGGUCUCUUUUUCCUUUUGUCUUGGAGUGCCUUCUUGUCUGCAGAAGCUGCUGGUCUUACAGGAAUAGUGGCAGUCCUUUUUUGUGGAGUCACACAGGCCCAUUAUACAUACAACAAUCUGUCAGCAGACUCCAAAAUGAGAACUAAACAGAUGUUUGAAUUCAUGAACUUCUUGGCAGAGAAUGUUAUCUUCUGCUAUAUGGGAUUAGCACUGUUUACUUUCCAGAAUCACAUCUUCAAUGCACUGUUUAUAUUUGGUGCAUUUGUGGCAGUUUUCAUAGCAAGAGCUUGCAACAUAUAUCCACUUUCCUUCAUUCUCAACUUGGGCCGAAAACAAAAGAUUCCCAGGAAUUUCCAGCAUAUGAUGAUGUUCUCAGGUUUACGUGGUGCAAUAGCAUUUGCUCUGGCAAUACGGGACACGGAAUCGCAGCCUAAGCAAAUGAUGUUUACAACUACCUUACUCAUAGUGUUUUUCACAGUCUGGGUGUUUGGAGGGGGCACCACACCAGUGCUUACAUGGCUCCAUAUCAGGGUUGGUGUUGAUCCAGAUGAGGAUCUUAAGACAGAAAUUGCAAAUCAGACUGCAAAUAACCUGGAUAAAAACACAACCAAAGCAGAAAGUGCCUGGCUCUUCAGAAUAUGGUAUGGUUUUGAUCAUAAAUAUUUGAAGCCCAUUCUCACCCAUGCUGGGCCACCACUUACAACAACUUUACCAGAAUGGUGUAAUCCUGUAGCCAGAUUGCUAACUAGCCCUAGAGCAUAUGGGGAGCAACUGAAGGAUGAUGAUAUGGACUUUAUUGUCAAUAACGAUGAACUGGCAAUAAAUUGUGCAACCUCAGACUCUUCUCCAAUGCCAGCCCAGAGCUCAGCAGAUGCAUCCCACCCUCUGAGCAAAGAAAACAUUUAUGAAGGGGAUCUUGGCUUAGGAGGAUAUGAACUCAAAUCUGAACCUUCUCCAUGGGAAUCCUCAGCCUGAAGUUCAAUGAAAAUAUAUAUGACAAGCAGCACAAGAAGGAAUGCAAGCCAUGCUUAUUCUGCAGAGUUAACAAGAAGCUUGAAAAUGUAUUAAGGGCGCAAACUGAAAAGAAGUACAACUUUGCUGAAUCUGUCCCUGAAGCCUGGAGCAAUGAGAAUGUAUUACUAUCCUAUACAUUAUGCAGCUAAAGUUAAUUUUUCUGACAGUGGGCAUUUUUAAUAAUGGAAUUAUUGCCUGCCAAUGUCAUAUGCACUCAUAAGGCUGGGACCUAUGAUUCUCUUCUUCUACCCUGGAUCCCAUACCUUUCUCCCAGUAAGUCUUCCUUCAACAGAGAAAGACUUCCUCCAAUGAAGAAUGUUUGCCAGUGAAAGAAAACUUUUCUCCAGCAGAUGAAGCUUUUCAUGGCUGCAGGAUGUCUUUCUCAGUUGGAGAAAGAUUUGGCAGAGGGGAGUGAUAGGAUCCAACCCAAAUUCUCUGAUCAGGCAUUAUUCCCGCCGGUCUAAUCUCACAUAAGAUAUGUACACAGGUCUUUGUAUGUUUUUCUUCUAAUUCAUUCAGUAGAGGGAAGGAUACGAAUUCAUCUGGCUACUCCAUGCUCCAAAUAGUGUCUGUGGCAUGAAAUGGAUGGUUCUUUGAUAGAAGCUGAUGGGUUUCUUUUCCCAUCACCAUCACAGAGCAUUAGGAUUCUUUCAGCCUGUGGCGUUUUACUGAUAAAGGGUUAAUAAUAUAGUGCACACAAAAGAAGACCCUAGGCAUUGAUAUAUGAGCUGCUGAGGCCUAAACAGAUCAAUAAGAGAGGCACUUGAUAUUAUUAUUGUGAUUGAGCAUGAUUGCUGGUGUAGACAGCAAUUAUGCUUUCUUCACCAAUCCAUUUGUCGCCUUUCCUGUGCAGUAGCUUCAUGAUGCAAAGUUGCGUGCUGACAUUGAGCAAUUUUUCAUUGGAUUCUAAUGUUCAGUUAUUACUUAUGGAAUCUGUGUGAAGAGAGAGAGAGAGAGAGAUCAUGCAUUCAAUUAUAAGGUAAGGUAUGUAAAAUCUUUUGUUCACAUUCUAGCAACUUAGUGAAGAAUGGAACAGUCCUAGACAGUCUUAGAUGCAUGACCAUUCUGCACUUAGCAUGGAGAAAAGGUUAUCUGAAUCAUCCAUCAUGAGCACAUAAACAUUGUUGCUCAUUAGGAUGUGGUGGAGCUCUAAAUACUCCAUUCCUAAACAUCUCUAAGCCCAUUGACUUCCAUGGGCUUAGAAGGAUAUAAAUCUGCUGAAAGAACAACUUGUGCUUCUGAAGAACUAUUUGAAUGGCCUACUAGUGGCAUGCACUGAACAAUAUGGACUGAGAGCAAUAGAUAGGAUGGUUAUUGUUAAAUACAUGCUGUGGAUAAUAUUGUUAGAUGUCUUUCUGGACAGACUCUGGUACUUUGGAAAGGUCAGAGAUGGACAGUGGGUGCGUUUGCCCGCCUGGCAAGUCAAUUCAUACUUGCACCUAUGAACUGCAGCCUUACAUAUUAUGAUCAGUAUUGGGAGGGAUGCUAGAGGGAUGGUGAUCCACAACAGCUGCAAUGUGAAUCAGUACAGGAACUGCCAACUAGGGAAUGAGGCCUCCAUAUGACAGCGUACAGUUCUCCACAGUACAGUUUUCUCCCUUUCCUGUGGUUACAUUUGUUGUAUCUGGUUGUGCAUUUCUUCCAGUAUUAAGAAGAUCAUCCAACAUCUGCAAAUGGUUGGCUCCUCUGGGACUCUAGGGACAUGUGGUUUUGUUUCUAUUCUCAUAGAUCCUUUAUCUGUUUCAAUGGGGGGACGGAUCUUGUCCCACAUGUAUCUGUAUGACUCAUAACUAAGUGUAAAUUUGUUCUGCAUAUGUCUGUUGUGUUAAAUUCUGAACGGUAUCCUGGCUUAUCAAAUAUAUUUACACAAAUUUUCCAA